ACCCACCGCUACCACAAUCACUGUCACAGCAACUCUCUCUUGUUUUUUUGUUUUUUUUUGCUUCCGGGGGUGGAUAGACUUCGUUUUUCAGUGGUCUUUCAACUUGCGCCCUCGAAUUUCACAUUACGGUAUUAUUCUUUUGCCCUUUUUUUUCCGGUUCCAACCUUUAGCCCCCUCCUUCCAACCCAUUAUUCUUCACCACCCUCCCCCAGUAAAUUGUAUAUCGUUCAUCGCCCUUGCUGUCCUCUCGAAACAAUGUCUUCCUGAAGGUCAGCCCUAUCGAUUGGUCUUUCGAUUUCGUCCAGGACCGCGUUUCGUGUCCUCUUAACCGGAUACCUUGCAUGAAAGGAUCAAUUGGACGUGGCUGCUUGCUUUUUAGUAGUCUAUUUUUAUCCCUUCGUUUGCAUCCAUUGGGUGAUCGAUUGGAGGAAAAGGGUAACGAUUUCACCCGUUCGUUCGUUUGUUGGUUGACGGAUUGAACUGAUUGAACAUUCAAUUCAGUUGAAGCAACCAGCCAGAGGAGAGGAGCCACGAGCAAGUAACCUACUGGCACCCGAGGACGGAACGGAGAAAAGAAAGGAAAGGAAAAGAAAAGGGGCGAAAAACUGGGGACGGAACAUUAAGUCAAGUGAACGAACAGUUGGACGAACGAGCAGGCGGAGAAGCAAGGACUGAUCCAUCUGGAAGAGGAUAGAAGGAACGCCUUUUUUCCCCUGAUCUCCACCCUAUCACACCGAACGGUUACGGACUGGUCCGCAGGCUUUGAUCCGAGGCUGCCUCGGAGAACACGAGUACAGAACGGAAAGACCCCUUCCCCUCCUACCCUCCUACCUUCUUCAUCACCACCCCCCCUUUUUUCCCCUGCGGACUAGUUAGGCAGGGACUGUAUCCGCUCAGGCAGCUCUUGCCAUCGCCCGCCCAUCGCCGCCUCGCCACGCGACAGAACCCUAUCCCCCACGGUGAGCAAGAACAGGGAAAAAGCUUAGCUCCUCAGGAAGGCAACAACAGCAACUCCCGCAUCCCACAUCCACAACCCGCAACCAAGCACCAUUCCAAGCAGCACGCACUUCUCAGGCAGAAGCAGGUCAAGGCAAAAGAAAAAAAGACACCCCCGCCGAUCAUUCCAGGCCGAGCCAACACCAUUUGCAGCCUCCCGACCUUGCAGCAUCCUGUGUAUGCUACCGGACGCGCCUACAAACCAACCAUCGCCCCUACUGGACGCUAUGAACUUCAUCGUAUGUGCAUCAUUCCCUUUUCUACUCUGUGCGCGCUACUACCAGUUCACCGCCCUGCAUGAUUACUUCAUCCAGUGGUUAUUAACAAAUUGUCUUGCGAUAGGUCUCCCUUGCCCACUUCUGUGAGAUCCAUGGCCCCACUUCCAUCUUAUGCACCCAGGCCAUACCCCCCUCAUGCGUUACCUGCUUUCCUCCUUCUAUCGCUACGCCUUCUCCAAAUGCCCCACAUCAGUCGUUUGUACCUGGGGCUCAGCCGACGAGUAGUAAUUCGCAGCUGUUGAAUCCACACGUCAGGCCUGGUGGCUCACCAAACGCCGGCCUCCGGCCGAGCACUUCUCACCACGCUGGAAGUGCCAACUCAUCCUCGGCAUCUUCAUCUAAUCUGUCCUCGCCGAUGGAGACGCCGCCACCAUCGCCCAGAAGUCCCGUGCUCACAAGUUCUUCUCUACCUGCAACUGCAGCUGGGAUUGGAAUUGGGCCCGGAUAUCUGGGUGGGCCAGUAAACCCGGGAUCGACGACCCCACCAACUUCAUCGGCGAUGGCUGACACUUGCCGAAGCUGUAGUAUGACACUCCCGAGUCGGCUCAAUGAAAAGUUAUCAGCCCCAAGCUUGGCUUCUUCACCCUCAGGUGGAGCCAAAUAUCCUACUGCUACCAAGAGUAGCAAUCCGGUUUUGCGGACGAAGGAGGUCAUUGCCUCUUCCGCACCGUUGCUUUCCAGCGAGGACGAGGAUGAAACCACUGAAGGGCAAUUGCCGUCCUACAUUCGAAGGCGGAGGGCUACCAUUGAUCCAGAACAUCUACCAAGUUUGCCAAAUGCACGAUCGUAUUUCAAUUCCACCCCAGCCUCUGAUGACGAGGCGGCUGGUGGGAAAUCCUCGGUGGGCUCCUCUACGCAUGCCCACCACAUCACUUACCUUUCGACGAGGGCUCCUUCCGUACCCUCCCGCUACUCCACCCUCCGACAGUCAUGCGUUCGGACUUUGUCCUGUGAAUUGAUACCUGCUCAGACUGGACCCAUAAUGUUUGGUGAUCCACUGGCGGGUUAUACGAUCGCUUAUGUAUUUAGACUUGCAGAUCCUAAAGCUCGGGGUGAAAGACGGUCAUACGCAUUGGUCUGUAUCUGUCCCGACCAGAAGAUUGUGGUAAAAUCGUGGAAAUAUGUUGUCGCAGCCUUUGAAGCGUUAGUGCACCGCAUAAAACUGCUGGCAGCGAAAAAGGCCGCAGAGGAUGCACAAGUCUCACCGGGUCUAAGCAACUCAAUCUCGUCCAUCACCUCUCGGGGGCCAGAUGGGUUUCUGCGGAGACGAGCUCCCGGAGAAGGUGGUGGACAGAAGGGGUUAGCAGAGUUGGCUGGACGGGAGGAGCUAUUUGUUGAGGUCCACAUGUGCUUUGUCAAGUUGCUUGGGGGAUUGGUGCGGCGAUAUGGAUGCUGGGCUGGGAGCGAGUUGGGUCUAAGUAUCGGCACCGGCGGUAACUUUGUGACUCCCGUUAUGGGCAGAAGUAGGGCGGGGAGCGUCAGCAGUUCAGUUGGCGACGAGAAACCCGAGAAGAAAGCUGUCACCAACCAGACAGUUAUUGAAGGUAUCGAAAUGACUGGGAGCGAGCGAGCGGCCAGUGGAGCCAAAGGAACAUUUCCGUCUACAACUGCAGGACUCAGUGUCCACGACACUGUCACGUCACGAGCUGCUCCUUCGGCACCGCGAGUGCCUACCGCAAAACGAGAAGAAUCAACUCAUCAGAGAAGUCGAAGCGCGAUUUUGAUUCAUUAAGUCGGUAUCAAAAUCCCCGGUCAUGUGGUCCGCCAGGUGCAUUUGGCGGGUAAUGGGAAAAGGGCUGGAACCAUACUGAACCCGGACCUUGCAUUAACGAAUUUCGUUAUUACGUUUUCUGCGGUGGUUUUAAUUAUUAUUAUUAUUUUCUCAUUCUCGCUGGCUUGUUUUCCAUCCUUUCCUACAACGAGCGCUCUUGUUUACAUAUGUACUUCUAUUAGCAUUUUUUUUUCUUUUUCCAUUACGUUCUUCCUCGAGCUUUGCAAGCCGACUGCUUGAUUUUUUUUUUCCUUUUCUUUGGAGCAGGCAUUGUCUCAAGGCAUUACUACAUUUUCGAAACUACAUUUCUCUCACAUUUCUUUUACUCAUUUUCAUAGAAGGGCAAAACUGGGGCGCUUUUUUUUUUUCUCCCCUUAUCUUUCAUUUUUAGUAUUCAUCAAAAUCUUUGGAAUAGCGGUA